ACUACGAUCGAAAUAAAAUUGUGUCUAACAGCAUCGAAAGGACUUGAUUGCUGAUGUUGAUGAAUUGUAGGGAUGUUUAUUCUUUGACUAAUUAAUGGCAGCACAGAGGUGUUAUUAAUGGAGGCGACGGUGGUCUUCAUGAAUGACAAAAGACUCAUUUUCUUGCGUGAUUUGCGAGCUUUAGGUACAUUGGCAAGACUAGAUUGGAUCGAGGAAGGAGGGUAGCGUAUAUGACACGCUCUCUUGGCACGCGGUAACUAACCGAGAAUAGACGGUAAAGAUAACACAAAAGGGGUUUUGCCAAUUAGCUAUUUGUAAAGGGGUAAUGCAAAAUAACUAUUUAUUUUGAGGGGAAAUACAAAAUCCCCUUGAUAUGGGGUAACUAAAACAUAUGUGGGUGGAAAUAUCAGUUUCUCGAGUUAAUAAUAAGCUGGAAGAAUCGUUUCAAUGGAGUCAUCAAACUGAGAUCGGUGAAAGAAAUAAGCAUUUUCCCCAUUCUGUCGCUCUCAUUAUUUUCAGAUUUGGCAAAGCUUCUCGUACACUAUCACCGUAUCAGCUGAAAUCCGAUUAAUACUCACAGAAUCAUGAGCAAUAAUGCUGCUGGCGGAGAUGCUAGGGCUCCAAUGAACGAACAAGCUGUAGCCAACAUAUACGGGAACAUGAGGUCUGAUGUGAACCAACUUUAUUCCAAAAUUACAGAACUGGAGAUGGAGGUGAGUGAGCAUUCAUUGGUGAUUGGAGCCAUAUCUCCACUUGACCAAUCCCGGAAAUGCUACAGAAUGAUUGGAGGUGUGUUAGUUGAGAGAACCAUCAAGGAAGUUCUGCCUGCUGUGCAGCGUAACAAAGAAGGUCUCCAGGAGGUAAUCACUCGGAUGAAUGAGUCCUUGGAAAGGAAGAAAAAAGAGAUGGCAGAGUUUGAAGCAAAAUACAAAAUUAGAAUCAGAAAGUCUGAUGAUGAGGUGAAGGAUGACAGUAGCCGGAAAGAGGCUUCAGCUCAAGGAGUGCUUGUUGGUCCAGCUAACGAAUGAUUGGGCAGUUUUCUGUGAGUUCUCUCUGAUGUCUUUUUUGUUUGGUUGUUGGGGAAUGUUUACAUACAAUCUUGUUUUAAUCUCCCAUUUUUAGUGAUAUGAUAGUUAGGCUUUUGAGAUUUUCAUAUGACGAUCAUGGUUGGUCAAAAUUAGAAGUUUUACCUGGUAAUGAUCAACAGUAUGGGGGUUUAUGAAGUGAUAUCAAAUUAUAUUA